ACACACACCUCUUAUCGUUCGUUAACCUAAACACUCUUCAUUUUCCUCUAAUCCUCUCCAAUCUUCAACAGUAGGUCCCUCCUCUCCGAUCGGACGACGCCGGCGACCGCCGCUCACCCUCUCCGAUCAGAAGACGCCGGGGACUGCAACUCUGAUCAGAGCAGCCUUCGCUUGUCCUCCGUUUUGGUUACUUUUCUCGGUUUAAAGGAUACCACUAUGAAGAGUGUGCUGACAAUUACAGAUGACACUGUUCUGGCUACCAGCAUCGUUGUUAAUGUUUUACAAGAUCUUGGGAAUGAAUAUGUUGGAAAUUGUGAUUCACAAAUAAUCACUCAAGCCUUUUCUCUCAAUAAGCUGCCACUUGGAGCAUCAUCCAUGGAUGUUAUCAUUUCUAUUUGUAGAUCUGAUUUUCCAAGUGAUCAGUUGUGCGAGGAGAUCUUAAGAGUUUUGCAGCCUGAUGGGAUAAUCCUUAUUCAUAAGACUCCACAGUCUGUUGCAUUUGAGAAAGAUGAGCCCACUGUCAUGGUCAGAAGAUUACUUUUGGCAGGAUUUCUUGAAGCUCAAGUAAUAGAAAAGAAAUUAGUUUCUUCGUCUGAUGUAGAAAGCUUCGUGAUAAGAGCCAAAAGACCUUCUUGGAAAAUUGGCUCCUCUUUUGCUAUUAAGAAGCCUGCAAAAAUUCUACCAAAGAUUCAGCUUGAUGAUGAUUCUGAUUUGAUCGAUGAAGAUAGUUUAUUGACUGCGGAGGAUUUGAAGAAACCUCAGCUACCAGUUGGUGAUUGUGAAGUUAGCAGCACAAGGAAAGCUUGCAAGAACUGCACUUGUGGUAGGGCCGAAGCAGAGGAGAAAGUAGAGAAACUGGGAUUGACUUCAGAUUUGUUGGAAAAUCCUCAAUCUGCAUGUGGCAACUGUGGACUGGGAGAUGCUUUUCGGUGCAGUACGUGCCCAUACAAGGGUCUACCAGCAUUUAAACUUGGGGAGAAGGUGUCACUAUCUGGAAAUUUCCUUGCUGCCGAUAUAUGAAUUUUUUAUUUGGGGGGUGGGGGUGGAGGAUUGAUAUACUACGGGAUGUAUUUUUGAACUUAUGUUGAAUGGUUUGGUCAAAUGGAUAAUUGCUUAUUAGUCUUCUACUACUUGAAGGAGAAAUAUAAGUGAUCAGGCAAAACCAGUUUCAGUUGCAGGUGUGAACCACUUUUCCAUUAUGAUAUUGACUUAGAAACUAGUAAACAAUUUAAUUUUACCGAUGGGCAGUCAUGUUUUUGGAA